AUGACUACAUCACCACCUCGUCCUGAGGAGAGUUCUAUCCUGGGUGAAUCCUGGGUAGUCCCAUCGUCUACUCAUACGAAGGAAGAAGAGCAGCAGCAGCAAUCCAACAAGGGAUAUGAACCCGAUGAAGCCAACCAAAGCCCUCAUCAACCAGAAGGAGAUAAGCCAAAUACAUCACCGUCGAUGAGAGAACCUGCGGCUACCAUAUCUGGCCCGGAGCUUAUUAUGCCCUCGAUCUGCGAGGCGCCUAUUUCGGAAGCAUCAUGGGUUGCGCCAGCUUUGCGAUCUCGAGAGCAACCGUCUUCGCCUUCCCUGAAACGAAGACACAGGACAUCAAGAAAAACGCCAGAGACUGAGAACAAGAAUGCUCUCAUCGCGAGUAAACAAGAACGGGUUCCCCCACCAGCGCUAGAAGAGCAGACAAAUGGGAUCUUAGCCCGUGUCUCGAGAAUAGCAGUCGCCAGUGGACGCAUAACCCUCAAUCUUCUUCUCGCGGCUAGCAUAUUCCACAUGCUCAUCCUUCCAGAGGUUUUUUAUCAGUACCGAGACCUCUGUGAGAUAUCGACAGUAUCGUCCUUCUAUCCCACCAGCUGUACGCCUGUCGCAUCUUACCCCCAACCUCAACCGCAAGCCGAUCACCAGCAUAAACCACCGUCACCGUCAUCGUCACCAUCCAGAUACAACACGGUAAUCACCUCCCAGGCACAGCUGGAAUCCCUCUUCCACACCACACUGCAGGAAAUGGCCCCGUUCAACAGCACUCUGAAACAAAGCGAAUCCAUGCUUCGAGAUAUCCAAACCGAAUUGAAACAAACCCUCCCAGGCAUGAAACACGAACUCGACCUCGAAUUCGACGGCUGCUGGCACGCUCUCCGCGCAGCGAUUCGGAAAUUCGACUCCCUCAGAGCAGACAUCCAAUCUGCAGUCGACAGUUUAGUCGCCGCCGGGAACCUCGGCACCGUAACACCCAGAGAUAGUACGCAACACUCAUCCUCCCAUGCAGAAGUAGCCAAAGACGCGCGGCUCUCAACCCAAAUGGUGAGGCGGGAACAGUAUCUCGCCCAAUUGACAUCGCGCAUGCAGUCAAAAUCUGAUUCUCUCGCAAACGACUUUGCCACGCUGGCUGACCAUCUCGAAUCCAUCCAAAGCGUCGUGGACCGGGACUCGAACCAGAAAUACCAACUCCCUCCCAUCCUGUCAGAGUCGCUAGACAGCAAUAUCGGUCUCGGGUUCCGAGCACUGGUCAAUAACAUCCCCUCGUUAUUUCGUCCAGCCGGGGAUGCUGCCUCUGCUGAGAUACCUUCAGAUGAGUCUGUCCCCAGACGAUUUCGGGAUGCAGCGAGCUAUCACCUCCCUGUUGCAAAGGUAGUUCGGGGAUUGUUGCAUCGAUUGGAAGGGUUGCAGAAGAAAGAUGUAUGA